CGAGCGUAGCCGCCGGAAAGUUUGCUCGCGGCUGGCGCGGGGCGCGGGCGUGGAGCCGGCGCCGACCCUGAUCUGGCAGCGCCGUGGAGACGAGCGGCGGCCGGCCCCUGACCCGUGCGCGCGGAGGACUGCGGGGAUCGCGGAGCGGCCGGAGCGGCGCGCGGUGCAGUCCAGGGCCAGAGAGGAAGCGAAGCCUCCCGGUCCAUGAAGGGAGAAGGUUUGGUCCCUGGCCGGUAGUCCCCCGCCUCCACCGGCUCCUGUGCCGUGCCAGGAGGACCCUGCUGCUCUGAUACUCAGCAGCCCCCAGAGGAGAGUGCACCCACGAGGACCUCUUUGCUCCAGCUGUGCAACCCCAGCCAGAUGUGGGGGGCAGCUGCCCAGAGGCAUGCCCCCCAUCCUGCCACACUGCCCCCACCUCCUCCUGCUUCUGCUGCUGGCCUGCCAGCCGCAGGCCCCCUCCGCUCAGGUGAUGGACUUCCUGUUUGAGAAGUGGAAGCUCUAUGGCGACCAGUGUCUCCACAACCUGAGCCUUCUGCCCCCCCCAACUGAGCUGGUCUGUAAUAGAACCUUUGACAAAUAUUCCUGCUGGCCGGACACCCCUCCCAACACCACAGCCAACAUCUCCUGCCCCUGGUACCUGCCCUGGCACCACAAAGUGCAGCACCGCCUCGUCUUCAAGAGAUGUGGGCCUGAUGGGCAGUGGGUACGUGGGCCGCGGGGGCAGCCAUGGCGAAAUGCCUCCCAGUGCCAGAUGGACGACAAGGAGCUUGAGGUCCAGAAGGAGGUGGCCAAGAUGUACAGCAGCUUCCAGGUGAUGUACACCGUGGGCUACUCCCUGUCCCUGGGGGCCCUGCUCCUAGCCCUGGCCAUCCUGCUAGGCCUCAGCAAGCUGCACUGCACCCGAAACUACAUCCACGUGAACCUGUUCGCGUCCUUUGUGCUCAAGGCCAGCUCUGUGCUAGUCAUUGACACGCUGCUCAAGACCCGCUACAGCCAGAGGAUUGGGGACGACCUCAGCGUGAGCAUCUGGCUGAGUGACGGGGCAGUGGCCGGCUGCCGGGUGGCCGCGGUGUUCAUGCAGUACGGCGUCGUGGCCAACUACUGCUGGCUGCUGGUGGAGGGCGUGUACUUGCACAGCCUGCUGGGCUUCGCCACCAUCCCUGAAAGGAGCUGCUUCCCCCUCUACCUGGGCAUCGGCUGGGGUGCCCCCAUGCUGUUCGUCACCCCCUGGGUGGUGGUCAAGUGUCUGUUUGAGAACAUCCAGUGCUGGACCAGCAAUGACAACAUGGGCUUCUGGUGGAUCCUGCGCUUCCCCGUCUUCCUGGCCAUCCUGAUCAACUUCUUCAUCUUCAUCCGCAUCCUUCACCUCCUGGUGGUCAAGCUGCGAGCCCAUCAGAUGCGCUAUACUGACUACAAAUUCCGGCUGGCCAAAUCCACGCUGACCCUCAUCCCCCUGUUGGGGGUCCACGAGGUGGUGUUUGCCUUUGUGACCGACGAGCAUGCCCAGGGCACCCUGCGCUCCGCCAAGCUCUUCUUCGACCUCUUCCUCAGCUCCUUCCAGGGCCUGCUGGUGGCUGUUCUCUACUGUUUCCUCAACAAGGAGGUGCAGUCGGAGUUGCUGCGGCGCUGGCACCGCUGGCGCGAGGGCAAAGCACUGCAGGAGGAGCGCCAUGUCGGCAGCCACACGGCCAGGCCCACUGGUGGCCCCCCCAGUGAGAAGCUGCUGCUCUCGAGGGGCGGUGGCAGCAACAGGACUAGCCAGGACCCCUCUGCGGAGACCCACUUGGCUGGCAGCCUCCCUGGAUUGGCUGAGAACCCCUUCUGAAGCCCCCUGGAACGCCAGCUGUGGCUGGACUCAGGUGCCCAGAGAGGGCAUCACUGGACAAUCCAGAACUGAUGCCCAAUGGAGGCGAGAGCAUGGGAGCCAGACAGCGCCCCGCUGUCCACAUGUUCCCCAGUGUGGUGGUCUGAGGGGCACCUGCUCUGUGCCGAGGGGUGGGGGAGGGGGUGUGGCGGGGAAGCUGUUCUGUGAAUGCAUGCCCGUGUGUCCCCGUGUGUGUCAGUGUGUCUGAGUUAGAGAAGACAUGUGUCCUCCAACAAUAAAGAGCUCUGUGCUCACCCUGGGUGGAGAGCUGGGCUGGAGGAGAGGGGCCGGCUGGGCCCAGGCCCUCCCCGUGAGAAGGGAGCAGCCGUGGACGGCCCGUGCUGGCUUGCUCCUUCUAGACUUCUCCUUGUUGCCCCAUCAUACAGGUGAAUUGGAGCUGGAACCACUGAGGGUGUGAGUGGUGGCUGGUGGUGCCCCACCAGCACGUGCUGUCCCCAGCCCAGUUCAGGUGGGCUCACCCCCACCCCGGGCCAGAGUGGAUGGGCCCCACUCAGUCUUGGCCCCUCAACCCCUGGAGUGUCACCAUUCACCCGCAGAGGGGCAUGAAGGGCGUCAAUGGCCGAGGGAAGCCACCGACAUCACAGUCCUUCUACCAACCCCACAUGAACACCCCUGGUUCCCUGCUAGAGCCGAAGCCGGGGCUGGACUCAGGCCCAGCAAGGGCAUCACUGGCUAAUCCAGAACUAGAUAAUCCAGAACUGGAUGUCCUCAACUGGCCUCUGCUUCAUCCCAACUCUAGCCACCCCAGCAACCCGCAGCCCAUGUAGCCGACUGAAGCGGGGAGAGAUGGACCCCCAAAAUCGAGACCGUCCAAGUGCAGGCACAGCACAGUUUUCCAAAGACUGAGGCACAGCCCAACACAGCCACUUCACAGAGAAUCACUGCAGUCCUUGCUGCUCCAGGCGCAUGCGGAAGGGCAGCUGUGCGCGAGGGUGCUGCCCAUUGCCUGGCGGGUGGGCACCCUGCUUGGCAGUCAGCGAGGGCUGGCACUCACGCAGGAAGAGCCAAGUGGUGCGCCCUGAGUCCACGCUGCCCCCCGGGGCGCGGUGCAUCUGAUGCAGAGGGUGGAGGCAAGUGCAGAAGCAGUGUGGGGACUGUAGUCACCCCUGAAGAGCGCCCCUUGUGUCCGGUGCCAUGAUGCCUGGUUGGGGGUGUGCGUGGAGGGAGGGAGGAGCAGGGGCGCUGUCAAAAGAGGAAGGGGCCACAAAAGCCAAGAGCACAAGCCAA